AUGAACUGGAUGUUGCUGAUGCUGCAGUAUUUGUGGCUGACGUUGUUCUGGCCCCUCACCCUGUUUGGUGAUAACCAGUUUCCAAACCACCGAAAACACAAGACUGUGGAUCUGGAAAAGAACGCCUGGCACAGACACAGAGGACAAGCAGACUUUAGAAGAAAGAAAUCUGACAGCACCAAGUCUCUGCUGAUUAAAUCUGAGCAGCUCCUGCGCAUCGAGGAACAUGAUUUUGCUAUGAGACCAGGAUUCGGAGGGUCGUCCGUACCGGUGGGGAUCGACGUGCAGGUGGAGAGUAUUGACAGCAUCUCCGAGGUGAACAUGGACUUCACCAUGACCCUUUACCUGAGGCACUACUGGCAGGACGACCGCUUGGCCUUCAGAUCCACCAACAACAAGAGCCGAACCUUCGACGCACGGCUGGUGAAGAAAAUCUGGGUCCCGGACGUGUUCUUCGUUCACUCCAAACGUUCUUACAUCCACGACACCACGAUGGAGAACAUCAUGCUGAGGGUUUAUCCGGACGGAAACAUUCUCUACAGCGUCAGAAUUACUGUCACUGCUUUGUGCUCGAUGGACUUCAGCAGUUUUCCUCUUGAUACACAGAACUGUUCUCUGGAACUGGAGAGCUACGCCUAUGAUGAAAAGGACCUGGUGCUUUACUGGAAGAACGGAAACGAUUCAUUAAGGACGGACGAGAUCGUUCUCUCCCAGUUCUUUGUUGAAGAAUUCCAUCCCUCAUACGGUCUGGCCUUCUACAGCAGCACAGGCUGGUAUAACCGACUCUACAUAAACUUCAUCCUCAGGAGGCACAUCUUCUUCUUCAUGCUGCAGACGUACUUCCCCACCAUGCUCAUGGUCAUGCUGUCCUGGGUGUCGUUCUGGAUCGACAGGAGGGCCGUCCCUGCCCGAGUUUCACUAGGAAUCACCACAGUGCUGACCAUGUCCACCAUAAUCACCGGCGUCUCAGCGUCCAUGCCUCAGGUGUCCUACGUUAAAGCCGUGGAUAUUUACCUGUGGGCCAGUUUCCUCUUUGUCUUCCUGUCAGUCAUCGAAUACGCCGCCGUCAACUACUUCACCACCGUGGAGGAGAUGAAGAAGCUCAAGUGCGGAAAGCUGAUGGCCUCCUACGAUGCCACCCAGGCCAUGGCGUAUGAUGGCUGUUUCCACGACGAUGAGAAUGACCUCUCACCUUUAUCAGAGGUGCCGACCACGCCCAGCACGGCCCAGGCUGCGGCGCCCACGAACUCGCCCGUCACGACUCCGCCUCCCGAGGGCGUCCGGCUGUGGAGGAGGCGCUCGCUCCGGCACAACAUCAACUUCAUCAUGAGCAACAGCUACGUGAUCGACUCGUACUCUCGCAUCGUCUUCCCUCUGGCGUACCUGCUGUUUAACAUCGUCUACUGGUCCAUGUACUCCUGA